AUGUCUCAGUCUGACGAGGAGCUCAGCGUCCCCAUCAUCGAUCCCCCCCCUGCUCGGGAAGUGCCCAUGGGAGACUCGUUCCAGGAGCAAGAAUCGGACUUGUAUAUCGCAAGACACAAUUCUCUAGUGAAUGUCUUGGGCUCUCACGUGGACGGCUCGUUGGCAGAAGGAGACUUCGACUUCGGUAUGCUGCAGAAGGGCUUGGCGUUUGAGUCGGUGAGGGACCACGAUUCCUAUGGGUUUCUACUGCUGAAGUCAAAUGAGGCCCUCUGCAAUGCGGUGAGCGGCAGUCUGGCUAUUCGCGGCAUCGAUCCCGACAUUCCACUAUGGCGCUACACGCUACAGGGAGAGACGAGCACUCCGCGCGGGGAUGCCUUACGCGCGAUGAUCCGGGACUCGCGCAUGGACCACCGUCUAGUAGGAUCUCGAGGAGUGGAUCUCAAUGUGGACGAUGGCGUCGUGCGCGAUGAAUGCACGAGAUGGAUCGCCAAUUGCGGGGAGAAAUUGAACACGUCUGGGGAAUGGUGGAAGGAAGCCGCGAGCAACAAAAUCCUAGACGGAGUGUUAGUUCGGGCAGACAAAGCUGCGCAGCUUUAUGUCAGCACGCAGUCCUUCAGAAAGGAACGUGAAGAAGGCCUCGAUUACGACCCCGGUCCGACAGAUCAUGGCGCUGUUGAAGCGCCAGCUCUACUCGUCAUGACUGAGGGCCUGCUGAAACAAACAGAGUCGAUCGGAGAUCGGUUGGAGCUGACGCGCCAGAGUUUGUUAUCUGGGACGCGAGAGCAGGAACGUCGGUUACUCGCCUUUUACUGCUGUUUAUAUCCGGAAGAGGCUCAGAUACAUCACAUCACCAGGAAUGACGUAUGCCCGAAGAUCGUAUCAUUCAUGGAGCGGGUUCUGGGCACACCCCUAUUCACCAUGGUAUCCCCUUGA